AUGAGCCUUGGACACAAUGGUCCAGGGACAGAGGCUAGCCUGCACUCGAGGGUUUUACCGUAGCAAGACUCUGCAGGAGAUACUCUCUAUGAACGUGACUCACAGGGUAAAGACACCUUGGUUCAUGCAAGGAAGACCCUCUGCAAAUACAAGGAAUACGGGAAAGCGUUUAGCAAGAAUUGCCCCCGUGUUCCACAUCCCCGGAUUCGCACUGGAGUGAAGCCUUGGGAAUGCCCGGAGUGUGAGAAAGCCUUUCCCAUUUGUGAAAAGGUGGACUUUGUUAGAAACAUAAGGAUUCACACUGGGGAGAAGCCCUAUAAGUGUGUAGAGUAUGGAAAGGUCUUUAACUAUGGGUCACACGUCACGUGCCACCAGCAGAUUCGCACUAGUGAGAUGCCCUCUGAGUGCAGUGAAUGUGGAAAGACCUUCACUUACCACUUUGUGUUUUUCCGACAUGGUAUGACCCACACUGCACAAAAGCCCUGUGAGUGGAAAGAACAUGGGAAAGGUUUUUGGCACAGCUACUCCCUCCUGAGACACAUAAGGAGUCACACUGGAGACAAGCCCUGUGAGUGCGGCGAAUGUGGGAAGGCCUUUGUCUACCAUUCUGCUUUUAUCCUACAUAAUAAGAUCCACCUAGAGAAAAAGACCUUUGAGAGCAAAGAAUGUGGGCAAGCCUUUAGGGACAGCUUUUCUUUCCCCUGACGCUUGAGGAGUCACGCUGGAGAGGAGCCCUGUGAACGCAGUGAAUACGGGAGAGCCUUCAGCUGCUGCUCAUCCCUCACCGGCGUGGAGAGUUAG